CAGAUUCUGUCGCCUGCAGCAAUCAAGAUGCCGAUGGGGGAGCUUGCGUUCAAAUCCGGAUUCAAACAUGCGGAGAUCCGCGCUUUGAAAAUCGGCGUCGAUGCAAGUCUUUGGAUUAUGCAAUGCUGUAUGGCUUUCCGGCGCAACCACGCUCAAGCGGGAGAGAGCCCGGAACUAAGGACGAUUUUUCAUCGGCUCAGCCACUUCUCCAAAUACCCGCUCAUUGCUGUCUUCGUCUUUGAUGGUCCGGGGCGGCCUCAUCGAAAGCGCGGAAAGAGGGUGAUGACAACCCCGCACUGGUUGACAAGUGGGAUGCAGGAGAUGAUAGAAGCUUUCGGCUUCUAUGUACACCUGGCCCCCGGCGAAGCUGAGGCUGAACUCGCAGAACUCAACGAGCGCGGCGUUAUAGACGCGGUAUGUACGGAAGAUGUUGAUGCGCUUCUGUUCGGGGCAAAGUACGUCCUUCGCAACAAUCCGGACAUCAAGCCUCAGUUUCAUCAAGUCUGCGUCUAUGGUGCUGAACGGAUUCGAGACGAAGGCGGCAUAGGCCUCGAUCGCACCGCAAUGAUAUUCAUUGCACUAUGCAAGGGGGGGGACUAUGAUUCCACUGGCCUUGUAGGCUGCGGGAUUCAAGUAGCCAAGAAGCUUGCUCUCUACGGCUUCGGCAGAAGCUUGUACGACGCCAUCCAAUCGCUUCGUGCGGAUGAGCUCUCCACUUUCCUCGAAGGUUGGAGAGAACGUGUGCGUGAGGAGCUACGUAACGACAGCCAGGGGUUCCUUGGCUGUAAACAAUACAAGAUUGCAGCCGCCGUACGCACCUCGUUUCCCAAUAUCACUGCUGCCUUCGCAUAUGCGAAGCCUUUGACAUCAUGGAGCAAUCACGAAGUCCCCACACUCCCUACCUUCGAGCUGCGACACGCGGAAGCCGUGAAAAUCGCCAGGAUAUGUGAACGGCUGUUUGCAUGGGGUACCGUCGGCGGCAUCAUCAAGAGGUUCCAGUUCGCAGUGCUGGAGGGUGUGUGCGUCCGGCGUCUCUGCAACGAGAGCCGCAGGAACGACAGGGUUGCAGCGGGUGGCACGCGUAAGGCACCGCAGGUGUGUUGUACUUUUCUUAGGCUGCUUUAUGUAGCAUUGUGA